AUGGAGAAAGCAGCACUGGGUCUACAGAAUGGCUGGGUUCCUGGAGACGACCGUGAUCCUGUAAACGCAUCACCAGAGCCGGAGCCUACUUCUCCCGAGCAAGCAUCCCAAUCUUUUGUCUACUCCGGGAGCACAUCUUGGGACCCGACCCUCGACCCGCGAUUGUUUCAAUCAGUCGCUAGUUCUUCCUCCGAGCUUGCGGGGGCAUUAACCCUGCCUGUUCCUACGACUUCACGGCCCAGAUCACCUACUCAGCCUCAGGUACCUGCCCUGCACCCUAGCACCAGCGUUCCUCCUGACACCGGAUGUCCUGAUGCGUCCGGCAAUAUUGUGUGCCCUCCAUUUCAGCAGUCCAGAGCGCACACACCGCAACAGCAUAAAGGCGAAAUCUCUGUGCAAAGUAUAUCUGAGGUCGCUGCUAUCCAGCCCGAUGGGUCGCUUCCCCCGCGUUUCUGUUCCAUUAAGGGCUGCAAGACUGUAAUGGACGGGAAUUCCCUAUUCAAGAUGUGCGAGACCUGCCGGAGCAAGUACAAGACCUACGGUAACACGAAGCGCAAGAAGUGGAAAGAGGAGAAGGCCAAGGCUAUUGCGGAGAUGGAGCGACAGCGCGAGGAGCAGAACAGAGUCCGAGCAGAGCAGGGCCUACCUCCUUUACCUGCCGUCAAUACAUUAGCUUGGCCUGAAGAUAACAUGGCAGAACGCGCAGUCAACACUAGUAUCCCGCGAAUGUGUACUGUAUCUCACUGUCGCGAGAUUCUGCCUGUCGGGUACGAGUACCUCCGCUGCGAACGACAUCGCAUUCAAAAUCGACACCACAGCAAGCUGAAGCGCGUUCGUGACAAGGAUGCGAAAGCACUAGCACUCGAGGGAUGGUUUGCGACUCUUGCUGGCUCUGCCGCAUCCAGUUCACAAAUGGUGUACCAGGCCACACAGCCGUACGAACCUCCAGAAACGAACACUCUCUCGGAAGGUUCCGGUAGCGAACAGGGUCCUGGGGGGUCUACGGGUGACGUGCUCGGAAUGGAAGAGCAGCAACACGCUUCUGUUUCGAAUGCGAAUGUCAAGAUAGUCGAACCUCAGGUCAUCAUUUUCGGAGUGCCACCUGCUGCUCGUGGAGUUCGCCGUACGAAUCAUGUCUGUACCAUCAAAGGCUGCCACAACCUGCUCUCUCCCUCUACUCCGUGGAAGAUGUGCGACGAUUGCCGUGCGCACGAGCGGACGGUUCGAAAAAUUAGAGCACUCCGCGAGAGUGGCAUGAUGGUUGACCCCUUGCCCCCGCGGAUGCCGCCAAGGGAGCGGAAGGAGAAGCAGUCGAAGGAGAAGCAGGCAACGAGGAGCACGAAUGAUAUGAACGGAGAUGGAGAGCAUUCUUCCCGCAGCGUGUCACCUGAGCCCAAUGAUGAGGAUGGUGACGGCUCCAGUCUCGUUUUCAUAAAUCCGGUGCUACUCAGUGAAAACACAGGCGCGACCGAGUCUGCCCUGUGCGCCAAUGCUGAAAUUUCCUUCGUCAUGGCCGACCAAGAGGGCAAUAUCUCUGAACCUUCCGAACCUGUCCAACAGGAAAGAGCAGUCGAACAAACACACGGCUUAUCUCUCGUACUUACUCCAGCACAAGUAGAACCAACACCUGUUACGUCAAAGAAGAAGACUAAGAAAGAUACUAACAAGCUACCCAGCGCCACAACAGCUACGGCAGCCGUGACUGAGGUGAUCCAACCCCAAGCGUCGGCUUCGGUUACACUGACAACAACCGCGAGUUCCCCUACGUUGCAUUCUCUGACGGCUGCAGGAACUCCGGCGCAACAACCACUACCUCCUGCGCCAUAUGGUGUACCUUGUUACAUGCCUCCGCCCGGGUAUGGUGUACCGUACCCGCCACCAGGCGCACCUUAUCCUUUUGCGGCGCCACCCCCUCCGCAGCACCUUCCGCCCGCCUUCCCCCGCGACGGUUUUGCGCCAUCGCCGAUGUUUCAGCCACCCUACGCAGGCUAUGCAGGUUACCCACUGCCAUAUCCUCCGCCGUACGGUUAUUACCCUCACCCGUAUCCUUACCUCCCACCUCCGCCUCCUUUAGCACCGGGGAUUCAACCUCUACCGCCACAUCCACAGGCACCUGAUGCGAAUGAAUCUAUCAGCAUUGAUCCAACAACGAGCACAAACCAGCCGAGUGUUCCCUCAGCGGUUGCCACCUCCGGUAACAACGCGGCAAGUGCACCUGCUCCAACACCGGCGUCGUCUCCGUGGCGCCCGUCACCACCGGCAGACCCAUCCAUUAUGUAUUCUAUGUUCCCUGUCCGGCUCGUGGACACAUCCAGAUCCGCCGAAGGCACCAUCUCCGACCCAGCCACUGCUGGAUUGCUCGUGCAUCCACCGCCAGCGACGAUGAUCACGAUGUCGGUGAGUGAGAAGCACAAGCAAACCGAGGUGAUUUUCGUGGACAAGCCACCGGAGAAGCGUAAACGGAGGAAAGCUGAUAUGGCGGCUGUGGAAGCGUACCUGAAACGCCGGGAGGAAGAGAGGGUACAGGCUGGGCAGAGCUCGGCUCAGGCUGAUGUGCAAGUCCAAUCUGGUAAUGGAAUCAUCCAGAGCCAAGCUAUGCCUACCUCUACACCGAACAUCCAGCCCGUAUUGCCUGUUACACCGGCACCCGUAAAUGCGGCCGCUUCGGCUGUCGUUCUACCGCGCGCUAGCGAAUCUCCUCCACAGUCGAACGAGUCUCAGCUUACCCGGCCUUGCGGCAAUAAGCUUUGCAAUCGUACGCUAUCUGCUGCGGACAUUGGUACGAUAUGCGAGCGGUGCAAGGAGAAGAUCAAGAAGCGCACCUUGAGGGUGAAGAAGCGAUUCAAGCUCGUCAAAGCAUCCCCUUCCUCCUCGUCCAAGCUCCUGGAGAAGGCGCGCCUAGGACAGCAAGACCCUGCGAUUGGAGAAGACAACGAAGGCGAGGGUGAGGAUGUGCAAGAAAUGAUGGUGGGACAUCCUGCCGGAGACCCGUCGUCUCUGGUUCUUUCUUCUACUACGUUCAUUGGUACAACAUGA